AUGGAUGAGAGAAAGGAGCAGAACGAUCCAAGCCAUAGGGGCGGCCAAGGCAGAGGGGAAAAAAGUGGGAGCGAAAAUAGGUUUAGUGGCCAGGACGGGUUUAGUGGCCAAGACGGGUUCAGUGGCCAGGACGGGUUCAGAGGUCAGGACGAGUUCAUCGGGCAGGACGGGUUCAUCAGGCAGGAGGGAAAUGGGUUGAACUUCGACUUCUCCUACGAAAGUCUACUGAAUAAUGACAUAAUAAGACCACAAGAAAUUGACUGUGGGAUGUCUUGCGCCAGUUCCUUCCUUGAGAGUAACAAUGAAAGAAUCGCCCCUGUGGUGGGUUCUACCAAUGGGUUUAAUUAUGAACCUACAUCUAACAUGAAGGUACCAAAUUGCAAUCGUCUGUACAAUACAAGUGCGUUGAAUUUUUCAUUUCAAAAAAAUACAAAUCACGAAGAAGUAGUAGUAUAUGCAAGAAGUGCCUUAGGGAAAGCGAUAAUAGAUGGUACUCACCAAGGGGUAAUAAAUAAUCAUAUUUUGCAUGAGAAUAUUUCUGAUUAUAAGAAAGGAGUACUUGAUGAGGUUGACACACUAGUUAAAGGGUCCUAUAAAGAUGAAGAAAACGUUUUUCAGAAUGAUGUAGAUCAUCACACAGGAUGUUCCAUUGCAAAGCUGAACAAUCUAAGUGCAUGUGAAAAUUUCUCCACAAAUGAUACAUCUAAGAGAGAAGAAGGAGAUGUAGAAACAGUAGAAGAAUGUCAAGAGAAAAACACCACUGAGGGAAAGGAAAAUGUUAUAACGAAAUUGCUACUUGGAAAUACUUUUAGAAAAGAAAAGGAAUCAAAGAAUUCAUUCCAUUUAAUAGAUGAAGAAAAUUUUGUAAAAAGAGAUCCCGACACCCAAGACAUAAGUGAGAAAGGGCCAACAUGCAUAAACCAUACAGAAAAAGGAGACAUCUGUUAUAUUGUCAAAGUGGGUGAGGAGGAUACUACUAAAGAAGAUGAAGUAGAAGGAGAAAAAUACAAGAAAAAUAGCAGUUCAAUAAAUAGUGAUUACAAAGUUAAACUUCGAAAUAUACAUAAAGUAAGUCCAUCUAUUAGUUCAACUAGAGCUAGCGAUAUAAGUGAGGCUAAUGAAAUUUAUAGAUCCCUCCAAACAGAGAUUGCAAAUUAUAAGCUUAGCAUAUUUCAAUUAAAAUCACAAAUGGAAAUAAAGAAUAGCUAUUUUCAAAAUGAAAGAAGAAAAAAUGAAGAAUAUGAGAAGAUGCUAGAGAAGUACAUGAACGAAUUAAAUCGCUAUCCUUCUCCAAAUGACAAUUCUAUGGAAUCACUGAAUAUAUUAGAAAUAGAAAAUAGACAAUUGAGACAAGAAUUGACCUUAAAAAAUAGUGAAAUUAUAGAAUUAAAUAAUGUAGUAAAUAAUUUGAAAAGUGAAAAAAUAAUUUUCCUAAAUUCGUUGCAAAAUGAGUUAGAAGUAUGUAUGAACAAAGAAGUAGAAACAUCCCUAAUGUUACAUGCACAGACGAAGAGACUAACAAAUGCAAAUAAUUAUAUAGAUAAGCAAAAUAAAGAGAUAUGCAAACUAAAGGAUGAGGUAACUAAAUUGGAAGAAGUAUACAUACUGCACGUGAAGAAAAGAGAGGGACAAAUUGAGGAACUCUUAAAAGAAAGAACCGAAUUUGUGCAUAGCGCCAAACAAUUAGAAGUAAUAAACAUAGAUAAUAAAAAAAAAGAAGAAGAAAUAAUCAAGUAUAAAAAUAGAUGCAACGAAUUAAGUGAAGAAUUGAACGAUUUGCUAAGAAUUGUUUCCUCCAAUCAACACAACAAGUUAAACAACUUCGAUGGGUUCUACCAAAAUGACAAUAUGAUUUCAUCUUUCACUUCUUUUAAAGAAAGUUACAUGAAUAGUAAUAGCCUCAUGGCAGAUUCUGUUCAUAUAAAAGGAAAUGCCUCAAAUGACGAAAAUGCUAUUUUAGCUAGCCAGCUAAAAAAAAUGAUCCAUCAAAAUGAUGCUCUCAAAGUGGAACUAACUGAACGAAACAAAGACAAUGAAGAAUUAAUAAUCCAAUUAAAAGAAAAGAAUGGGGAGAUAGAGGCCAAAAAUGAAAAUUAUACAUUGUUGCUUCAAAAAUAUAACAAUUUAGAAAAAGAUUUUGAAAAUAUUCAUCUCUUGUGCAUGCAACUAGAGGAGAAAUUCAGAAUAGAACAUAAUCAUGCUAGUGCCAAUUAUGACACAUUUCUAAGCAAAAGCAAUUUUUCCUUAAGUGAAUUGGAACUUAAUCAAAGUCAACAAAGUGAAAGUAAUAUCAAUCAUUACAAAAUUUACUGCUCUGAAUUGCAAAUAGAAAAUGAAUCCUUAAAGCAGACAGUUCAACGUCUCAAAAGUAAGAAUAAAACACUAUCCACUAAUAUGGAAUUUCUCUUGAAAGAUUUGAUUUCCUCAGGAGCUGAACCCAUCAAUAUGGAUAAGGUGUCAAUUCCCACAGUUGUAUCAAAUAACAAUAAGAUACCUCAACAGAAGAAAAUUAUGAAAGAUGACAAGGAUAUAAGCGUUAUGGAUUUACAAAAUAAACACAUCGAAACAACACAUAACAAUCACAAUAUGGUAGAACCCAUUGAUGAUAAGUUACAGAAAAGAAGUAGAAUAGAGGGAAAAAAUGAACCAAAUUGUACAUCUGAAUCUACGAUUUUUCACCCUGAUAGAUGUGCAUCAUCCCCAAAUUAUUCAUUUUCCAAUGAAGAGGAAAAAAAAUGCUUUAUGAAAACCAAGUGUAAUAUCAUAAGUGAAGAUACAAAAAAAGAAAAAGAAACACAAACAGAGAGAAACAAACAAAGUGAAGAAAAACUCCAAUAUAAUCUUAUCAGCCAAGGGGUUAAUACAGAAGAAAAAUCUUUCAUAAGUAAAUUCGUGUACACAGACGAGAAUAAGUCAUUCGUUAGUUCAUGCACGAACACGAAUUUGAUUGAAGUGGAAGAUGCAGGAACGACUCCAAAUUUGAUUGAAGUGACAGAUGUGGGAACGACUCCAAAUUUGAUUGAAGUGACAGAUGUAGGAACUAUUCCCAAUUCGGUAGAAGUGAGAGAUAAUGAAACCAUGACCCUUGAAGAAGAGAAGAUGAAUGCUGAAAACAGAGAAACUCAAACUGAUGAAUUAAAUUCUUUCAUAAAAUUUACACAAACAGAAAUGGUAAAAACUGUGGAUCGAGAAGUGUUGACAGAAAUGCAUGGUAUUAAUGAUUUCAAUGCCAAAAAGAUAAUGCUAAAAGCAGUGUAUUCCAAAAACAAGAAAAUACAAGUAACAACGACGAGAAUGAAUGCAGCAGUACAGACAUCGAACUUUCAUUUUGAAGAUUCUGAUUGGGACAUGCCAGGAGGUUAUUAUUAUGGCUCCUGUAUAGCAAAUUAUGGAAACCAUUACGAUAGAAAUGAAGACAAGCGUGCAAUGUGCAAAAUAAAAAGAAAGAAUCACAUGAAAAAAUGUAGCACUUGCAUAUAUUCAGAUGACGCAUCCAGUUAUAACAUUUUUUCCAGAGGAUCCGAUUUCUCUUCUUCUUCUUCUGCUUCUUCUUAUUAUUAUUCUAAUGAGUAUACAUUAUCAAGAAAUAACAAACAUGGAGACAAAAAUAGAGACAAAAAUGGAGACAAAAAUAGAGACAAAAAUGGAGACAAAAAUAGAGACAAAAAUAGAGACAAACAUAGGAAUAAGAACAUGCUUCUGCAUAGUAGUAACCCCUCCAAAAGAUCACACAGUGGUGGAACCAAGAAGAAAGGGCACCACUAUGUCUAUCCGCUUUAUUAUGAAAAUCACUUAAUUGAAAGUAAGAAUCAGUUAAUAAUUCCACAUGACAGAAAAAGCAUGAACACAUGCAACGAAGCAUCUCGUGCGUUUAAUAGUUACUCCUCAUCUAGAAAUAGAAAAAGAGAUGCUAAAGUUAGUGUUAAUAGAAGUAGAAAUUCCCUCAAAAAAAACGAGACUCAAGAAGUUGAGUCUCUAAUCGAAAUUUUGAAAUACUCAUCAGACAAUUAUGAACACGAAUCGAAUUCUUAUGAUGAAGAAAAUAGCUUUCACGAUUGCUUCUUUUCUGAUGAAUCACACACAAAAAUGGACUCAUCAUAUGGUACACUCUACAGACCACGCUACAACCAAGGAUACAACCCACGCCUCUCCUUGCAGCAACGAAAAAGGUGUAAUAAAACUUGGCAUACAGAGAGGAGACGUAAUGGAUUCUUUGGGCCCUCCUGUAGACAUGACCCUUGCAUCAGUCUCAGCAAUGGUACUACUACGAAUAGGAGGAAUAAACAAAGGCAAGAAUGUGCAUAUGAGGAAGAUCUAACUCAAGUUGGUCAAGUUUUUCAUGAUAAAACUUUUUCAAUGAAGGAAAAAAAUGGAAAUAAAAGAUCGGAAAAUAUUCAUAUCCAAUAUUGCACCGUUAGGAAAGAAAAUAAGUAUGUUCAAACAGGUGAAUAUUUCUUAGAAAGUGAAUUUAAUUAUUCUCCCAUUGUUUCGGUAGAUACAUCUAAUUAUGAUGUAAAUAAAAAUGUAGCUAGCUUAAAAAGAAAAGUAAAAGAAUAUGUAAAGGAUUAUUAUCAUACAAUCAUAAUAUGUGAACAUUGUAAAGGGUUCUAUGUUGACAUGUUAAUUAUACAUAUGAUUUAUGAAUAUAUAGCAAAAAUUAAUUUUUGCAAUUGCACUAAUGCAGGAGGAAGAAGUAGCUAUUUCUCUCAAAAAGUGAAUAACUCACCUUCAAAUGAAUACGAACAGGAUGUCUUUCCACCAAAUGAUGGUUCGAAUGUUACCAAUGAAAAUUCUGCAAAUUGGAAUCACAUUGAUCAAGCAUAUCAUCAGCAUUGUAGUGAUGAAAAUUGCGACAAUAACUGUUCCUCUUUCGAUACCUGGAACGAUUUGCAUAGAAAUGAACAAACCGACAGAUCCAUUGAUGAAGCCCGUCGAACCCAUAGAUGCAUUGAUGAAACCCGUCGAACCGGCGCCUGCGAAUCCUCGUUCAUACCUUUUGAAAAUUUUGUGAUAAAACAUAUGCCAUUCAAAAUUCCAAUAUGUACUUGCACGUACGUAAAUCUAAAGUAUAAGAAAAUUUUAGUGAGAAAGGGAGAAGAAGAGAAAAAAAUGGAAGGAAAGACAAGACGUGAUGUGAUGACAGGAAUGUCCAAACGAAAGGAAAAAAAAAAAAAAAACUCAGUUGAUGCAAAUAUUGUUAAGACAAUUAUGAACACAGCUAUUCUUUUCGUUAAACAAAUGAAAAUCGAAUUGAAAGAAUUGAAAUAUAUUAUUCACAAUAUGUUACUUUUAGAUGAAAAUAAAAUAUUAGAAAAAGCCAUUUUGAAUUCUCCAAAGAUGAGUAAAAUGCUUCCAUAUAUUGCAUCAAAUUAUGUGCACAGUGUAAAUGAAAACUGUGUUAUGAUAAAUCCAUCUGAUUUGUCACAAAUGAAACGUGUUCUCCAUAGCCAAAGUGUAAUAAUAAAAGAAAAUGAUUCUCCAAUGUGUAUGGAAAUGUGCAAUACAGACAUUACAAAUGCUUACUCCUAUGGAGAGGGAAGAACAUUCCAUGAACAAAAUAUUUAUACAUGCACACAGGUAGAUAUACCCAUAGGUCCAAAUCAUAAGAAAUGUACAAGCGUGGAUGAUAUAAACAUUUUUAACAAUUCAAAAAAUUGUAGUUUGGAAAUUAAUUCUGCACUUUUGAGGAAGGAUAAUAGUACAGGAAUGGAUAACAUCACCAUUUCGACGUUACAAAAUGGAAAAGAAUGUGUUCAAAAUAAAUCUACAGAAAGUUUUACUUUUCCUAGUUCAGAAAAAAAAGGAGAAAUGGAUAUGGACAUAUCCGAACUGCUACAUAAGGAUGUUAGGAGAAAAUCACAUGAUGGAAUAAUUCAAUUUUUCCAAAAAAAUUUCGAAAAGGAGAAUAUUCUUCAUUUUGAAGAUGUAAUAAAACGGGGAGAAAUGAAAAAUAUUACUGCUUUUAUCAUAUGUUCUGUAAUACAUUUGCAUCAAUUGCAUCUAAUGUCUAGUUUGACUCACACAGGAAGUCCCCAAAGAGGGUCUUCCUCUUGUCAAAUUGGUAAUCAUUCCACGUGUGAAAGUUGUGAUAAAAUUUGCAAAAAUGUGAAAUGUGAUAGUGCAUUUGAUGGAAAGAUCGAUCAGAACAUGGUACAUGGAGAUAACAAAAGGGUGGAAACAAAUGACGACAUGAAUUCUGUAGAAGCUUUUUUUAACACUCGUCAUGAUCUCAGGGAGAAAGCAAAGACACAAGAAUUAAGCAGCUUAGUAUACCCUCUUGAAAUAAAGGUAUUAACACUAAUAAUGCAUGAUAUUGUGGAGAAAGUGAAAAUGAAUUGGAAUUCCAUUUCUUCAGUAUAUUUACUUUUGAAUGAAUCUAUAAAUAUGGAUUCCAUUAAAAUGACAGAUGUAUUAAAGUUAAUAGAAAAUUACACAAAAGUUGAUGUGUACAUAAACAGCUUAGUAAAAAGAAGUGAAGAAAACAUAAACCAUUUUGAAAUAAAAAUGAAACACUCUAAUUUGAAUAGCGAAGACAUGAUAAGCCAGUAUAAAAAACAUAUUCCUGUCACAGAAGAAAUGUUAAAGGAAAGGGAUGCUCUUAUUAACAACUUAAAAAUAGAAAUAGAAAAACUGUCAGCAGAAAAAAACACGUCAAAUAAGUUACUCAAAGAGGAUAAGAAUGCCAAAGUGAUAUACUCCAAUUUGCAUACGAAUCUCCAGCAGAAUCAUAGCACUGCAUCUAUAAAGACAAGUGAAUCUAAGAGGAAUGAAUCAAAUAAAGAUGCAAUAGAUUCGUGCAUUAGAAGGAUAGAUGAGAUCCAUGCAGAAAUACAAGUGCUCAAGAUGAAGGAUGGGAAACGUCACAUUAGUAGUGUUGAAGAUACUCAAAAUGUUGAACGAGCUCCUAGAGACAAAGGAGACUACACAUUAAGCUGUGAUCGAUCUUGUGAAAGAAACCUCAGCAUCUUCAGAUGCAACACUCAGAAUAAAAGCAAUUUGUCGUCCUGUGAUGCUUCAUGUAGCGAUGUUUGUUCUAUGGGUGGAACUAAAGAACGCGACACAGAAAUAUACUCAUCAGAGGUAGAUAAAAAUAUUGUUUCUAAAGAAAUGGAAGAAAAAAAUAAAAACAGAAGAAGCAGUAGCGUCCAAAUGAACAAAAUGCAUAAGAUGCAUAGCAUGCAUAAGAUGCAUAAGAUGUAUAAAAUAAUAAUCAUACUGAAAAAUAAUCUAACCCAUCUUAUUACUUAUGUUUAUAAAAGGAUACAAAAGAACACGCAUCUGAAUAUGUACCAUAUUAAAUUGCUGUACACAAAUGUUGUAAACAUUCUUUUAAAUCUUCCUAAAGAAUUAAAUAUCAAUUUUUUGUUUAUUCAUAGAAGUGAAAUCAAUCUCCAUAUGUACAUCAACAAAAGACAUCAAAAAUUCAGUACUUCAGAAUUAAAAUUAUACACUCACAAUCUGUCACCUCAUUUUUCUCAUACCAAUUCGUCAGAACAUGGGAUGAUAGGAAGUAGAAAGGGAAAAACGAGAAUGAAAAGUGAAAAUAGGAAGAUGAAAAGUGAAAAUAGGAAGAUGAAAAGUGAAAAUAGGAAGAUGAAAAGUGAAAAUAGGAAGAUGAAAAGUGAAAAUAGGAAGAUGAAAAGUGAAAAUAGGAAGAUGAAAAAUAAAAAUUAUAAAAUGAACAUGCAAAUGUCCACACUCAGCGAGCAUAGCUUUGAAGAUGAGACGAUGAUUAUGUCUUCUCAAAAAAAAAAAAAAAAAAAAAAAAGUUACAUAAAGGAGGAAAAAACCCACGCCCCAAUGGACCGUACGUAUAUAUCGGACAAGGAUUCGUCAAGCAGCAUAUCUCUGUUUUUUGAUUUUUAA